AUGAGCACAUCAUCAGACGAGGAGCGUCCUCGUGUAGCUGAGGUAAGCUCCGUCGUCCCUUCCGGAACGCUGGUAGGUGCGGGUGGAGGAAGUCAGCAACAGCAUUCUACCCCUAUCUUUAUUCGAGCCGCAGAUCGCUACCCACGAACUCCGAAGUGUGCUCGAUGCCGUAAUCACGGUGUAGUGUCGGCGCUUAAAGGUCAUAAACGCUACUGCCGGUGGCGGGACUGUGUGUGUGCAAAAUGUACGCUGAUUGCCGAACGACAGCGGGUGAUGGCUGCUCAGGUGGCCCUGCGUCGUCAACAAGCGCAGGAGGAGAACGAAGCCCGCGAACUGGGAUUGUUAUAUGGACCGAAUGGUCUACUCACUAUUAAUCCGGACAGUAUGCCACUUUUCCAAGGCGGUGCCGCCCCCACAAACUCUGCCGGAUCCCCAGGGGUGACAGCAACAACAACCACUGCAGGUGAUGUCCGAGCAGGGGGGCCUGGAGUCAGUGGUCAAGGAGGUCAUAUUACCACCGUCUAUUCUGACAACAGCAACUACAACUGCGAUACUGCUGUCAAUGGAGCAAGUCCAGUGUUUGUUUUCUUUCUUUCUUUCUCUAUCUAUCUAUCUAUCUAUCUAUCUAUCUAUCUAUCUAUCUAUCUAUCUAUCUAUCUAUCCUUUCAGUUAAGAGAGAGAGUUGAUUAA